AUGGCUACCAAUUCAUCAUCCUCUACUUCUGAUAUCAUCAUCUCAUCAUCUUCAUCCUCUCAUCAGAUGGAAACCUCUCAUCUUCCAAUCACAGCCCAUAAACUGAAUGGGCAAAAUUAUUUGCAAUGGUCUCAGUCCAUAUUAAUGUUUAUACGGGGAAAGGAGAAAGAUGACUACAUCACUGGAGCUUCGGCGGCACCAGAAACCACAGCAUCAACCUACAAAAAGUGGAUAGCAGAAAAUAAUAUGGUCAUGUCCUGGCUAGUCAACUCUAUGACCGCUGACAUUGGUGAAAAUUUUCUGUCAUUUGAUACUGCCAAAGAAAUCUGGGACACUGCAAAAGAAACUUUUUCAGACAAGGAAAACACAUCUGAAAUCAUCCAGAUUGAAGGCAUCCUCCACGAUUUGCGUCAAGGGAACCUUACGGUAACUGAAUAUUUCAAUACUCUUACUCGUCUAUGGCGUCAACUUGAUACGUUUGAGGUUCAUAACUGGAAUUGUGUUACAGAUGGUUUUUUGUAUAAAAAGAUUGUCGAAGGGAAACGUGUGUUUAAAUUUUUGUUAGGUUUGAACAAAAAUCUUGAUGAAAUCAGAGGAAGAAUCAUGGGAGUAAAACCCCUACCUAGCCUCAGAGAGGCAUUCUCUGAAGUCUGUCGCGAAGAAAGUCGGAAAAAUCUCAUGAUGGGAUCCCAUCAACAACUGAAUAUGGCAGAAAGCUCGGCUCUUAAGACUCAAUUCGCUCCUUUUGACAACCGUCAAAAAAUUAAAGGAGGUAGACCUUGGUGUGAUCAUUGCAGAAAGCCGGGACACUCAAGAGAAACUUGCUGGAAGAUUCAUGGAAAGCCAGUAGAUUGGAAGCCACGUCAACCACUUGAGAAAGAAGGACGAGGCAAUCAUGUGGCUACCGAUGAACAAUCGCCACAACCUGAAGCUAGCCCUUUUAAUAAGGAGCAAAUGGAGAUGCUUCAGAAACUAUUGUCUCCUCUUUUGUCAGUACAGUCACAAACUGGCUCAUCUUCCAACCAGGUCAUUGGUUCCGGAACCUUGGCUCACAAAGCUUACCAUCUCUACUUCAAGAACCAUUGCGUCCGGGGAGACCUACUUGGGUUGCGUGAUUUUGGUCUCCUUUUCGGUGAAGGCUUUGGUUCGAUGGAGGAGUGCCGACCACUCGAACGGGUGAGCGAACCCACGAGUUGGACACCCAUCAAGCUUGGUAUCUCCAACGGGUAG